GAAACCACACCGAAAACUGUUUUUUGAAUUAUAGAAAGGUUUUUUUUAUGAGCUUCGCUUUAGUUAGUCUAUUUUAAUGGACAUAAUGAAUACAGUGUUGCGAAGCAGUCGUGCAUUUGUUCGCGCAUUUUCAAAUAGUUCGGUGCGACAAUGUACAGUACCGCCACAGCCUCCCAAGAAGCCGGUCAAACAGUUCUUCGCGCCGAUAACAUGGAAGUCGAUGGCGGCGACAGCUGUAGUUGCUGGUGGACUCACCGGCUUUAUGCUAUACUUACGCCAAGAGAAGCAGCAAGCGAUCGACCGCGAGAGAAAAAGACAGCUAGGGAAGGCUAAAAUUGGAGGCACAUUUGAACUUGUUGACUCGGAGGGCAAACUGGUAAAAAGUACAGACUUCCUAGGCAAAUGGUUGUUAAUAUAUUUUGGAUUCACGCAUUGCCCGGACAUCUGCCCUGAUGAGCUGGAGAAGCUUGCUGAAGUUGUGAAUAAACAUGAUGCUAAUCCAUCGGCACCACCUUUGCAGCCACUUUUCAUAUCUGUUGAUCCCCAGAGAGACACUCCAGAGAUUGUUGGGAAAUACUGCAAAGAAUUUUCUCCUCGAUUGCUGGGUUUGACGGGCACGAAGGAGCAGGUGCAGCAAGCGUGCAAAUCGUAUCGCGUUUACUUUAGCGCCGGCCCCGCCGAUGUUGACGACGAUUAUAUAGUGGAUCACACAAUCAUCAUUUACCUAGUAGACCCAGAUGGAGAGUUUGUAGAUUACUACGGCCAGAACAGAAACGCAAAGGAGAUAUACGAGUCAAUGCUCGUCAAUAUACAGAAAUACCAGGCCGGCAAGAAGAUCUCUUGGUUUUGAACGCGCAAUGUGCAUUUUGUUAGUGAUAUAGACAUUAUGAUUCAAAGUAUUUUUGGUUAAGCACAAUAAAUUGAUUUU